UAUUAUUGGGAAGUCGGCCCCGAAGUUAUCAGGUGAAACUGUUGCCAUCGUCCCAUGAUAACGUUUGACUCCUGGGUGCAUAGAGCUUUAACUAGCCAACAGAAUUUUGUUUUCGCCAGCUGAAUUUUCAGUUCGAUAGUUUUCCACUGACAGCGUAAUGCAAACAAAAAAUGAUAUCUCAUACUUGGGGGUAGUGGAACAGGCAACGCCCGAGCUCUCUAGCUCAAAACGCAGAUAUCGUGCAAAAAAGAUAUCAUGCCGAAAUUUGAGCGAACACUUGCCUUAACCCCAAGGCACAUUUUUCACUAAGUACCGGCGUCUAAGCCCUUAAUAUUUGUAAAUAUUAGCAGAUUUGCUGAUAUCUUUAGCUUGAUAUCGUGUCGACUAUAAAAGGUAUAGAGCAAGUCGCUUCGUCUGCGCGAGUUAGUUCAUUUGCCAUGACCGACCAACACUUGAUAGUUGCCAAAAUCGUGGCCAUUGUGGUGCUGCUGCUGGUCACCCUGGUGUUCUGCUUUAUUCCCUAUCUCCUGGAUCGCUUCUACAAGUGGACGUCCCGGCCCCAGAGCGAUGCUCGCGAGUUCAAGGUGGUCCUGUGCCUGCUGAACUUUGGCGGCGGUGUCCUUAUAGCCACCACCUUCAUCCAUAUGCUGCCCGAGGUAGUGGAGGUGGUGAGUGCACUGCAGGAUUGCCGAAUGCUAGUACCCACGCCGUUUGGUCUGCCAGAGGUGCUGCUAUGCACAGGCUUCUAUCUAAUGUACUGCAUCGAGGAAAUUAUGCACUUCGUAGUGCGACGCCGUCAGCAACGCAAUCGCCAGCUUAUGGUGGGUGUUUUGGAGACGGACGGUGCCCAGCCGAAAGAGCUUGUUGUUGAGAUAGAGCAACCGGAGAAGCCAAAGGAGCAGCCCGCAGAACCCAACUGGCUUCGCGGCCUGGGAAUCAUUGUGGCUCUGUCCCUCCAUGAACUUUUCGGCGGCAUGGCCAUUGGCCUGGAGAUGAGUGUCAGCACCGUGUGGUUUAUGUGCGGCGCCAUUGCAGUCCACAAACUCGUCCUGGCCUUCUGUAUAGGCAUGGAGAUCAUGAUGGCUCAUACCCGGUGGCUGAUUGCGGUCGUCUAUCUACUCGUCUUCUCGGUAGUAACACCCAUUGGAGUGGGAAUCGGGAUCGCGGUCAGCGAGUCCUCUGCAGCAAAUCAACCAAGCACGGUCUCUGGAAUUCUGCAGGGCCUGGCCUGCGGCACUCUGAUCUACGUGGUCUUCUUCGAGAUUGUGGCCAAGAACCAUGCCGGCCUGCGGGUCCUGCUGUCCUCGGUGGUGGGAUUCGUUCUAAUGUUUGGUCUCCAGAUAGCAAGUAAGUAAUUGAUCGCAUUUUCAAUAUCCUGAUUGAAGUGAACUCACAAAUUGCUUUUACUUUUCCAGUUGGAGAGGCCAAGGGCAAGAGCAACUAUGUCUGUCCUUAGAUGAAAUUCGAAAACUGAUCCUUUCUUGGCUUUGACCUGCAAACAAGGCGAAGCAGAAAGCCAACACUUUCUUCGAUGAAGAAAUUGAUUGAUUUAAGCAAAGUAAGCUUUAAGUAUGAAAAUAUAAACAAUAUCCAAGUGU